GUGAUUGUUGAUAGCUGAUCCAAUUGUUUUAAAAUGAUAUACCUCUUCCACCUUCUGGUUGCAAUCCUAGUUGCUCAGCAGGCUACAUCCCAAUGGACGGAUGGACCUUAUAACUCUUCAGUUACUGGAGGGCCUGCAUGCCGAGUGAAAGAGCUUACAUCGUUCACACUGGUAAAGGACUACUUAGAUUACUGGACUUAUAGUUAUUCAACAGAGAGACUUUUAAAUCGAAUAGCAAACAGAUUUCCUUGUGGAAUUAAACAAUAUACAUCAGUGACAAUUAAAAACACAGAGAUUUCUGAAUAUAUUACACACUCCAAAGAAGAUUUCAUUGGCCAGAUAUCAUACUCUGAAUAUUCUCCUUGUGCUUAUUACAUGUAUAACCCAGUGAAUUACUGCAACCAAUCCUUACUGUACGGGCUGAAGGAAGCAUUGCUCAUCUCUCCUCCAGGUUCAUUUGUUCUGGUUUUAACUGAUGGCACAAUUUCUGAUGCAAAUGACACUGCACUAUUAAAUGACAUUUAUAGUCUACUUGAGACAAAGCAGUCACAGGUGUUCUUCAUGGUGUAUUGGUAUAUGUAUGGGUAUGAACCUCCAAAAGGUUUUCAGAACAGUUUGCUUCAAGAUAUUGCUUCUCGCAGUUAUGGGCAUGUUUCAAGCAUUAACCUCUAUAACAUUUGGGGGGCAAUCCAUGGCUUGGAUCUAUUUCUUACAAAACCAGUAAAUGCUUCAGUGCGCAUUCUGAAUAUAAAUGUAAAUGCGUCUGGUGAGAUCAAAGAGACAUUCAACACAACUGCCCUAACUCAUCUGCUGGUUUAUACUAGUGGGGAUGUCAAUAUUACUCUGAUUGAUCCUAAUGGGAAUGAUGCAGAUUUUGUACAAAGUCUGUCAUACUCUUCAGGACAUUCUUACCUAGUGAAGCAUCCUGUGUUGGGACAAUGGACUUUAAAUCUCAAUUGCAAAGGAUUCAUUUAUGCUAUGGUUUUGGGCUUUACUGGUUCAUCACUGACAGGAAAAUGUUCAGACUCUGACUGCCACCCAAAUGCUACAUGUGAAGAGUUUGGUGGCUAUCAGGAAUGUACAUGUAAAAAAGGAUUUACAGGUGAUGGAUUUCAGUGCUAUGAUAUAAAUGAAUGUGGCGAUUACUGGCUCACUCGAUGUAAUGGCUAUUGCGAGAAUACAGAAGGUUCCUAUAACUGCACAUGUUAUGGUGGAAUGAUAUAUACAGAAGAAGGCUGUGUUGACAUUGAUGAAUGUUCAAGUAAAGAUCUUAAUAACUGCCACCCUUUGGCUGUUUGUACUAAUUAUUGGAGUUGGUACAGUUGUAGUUGCCCACAUGGAUAUUUUGGAGAUGGUUUCUUCUGUGAAGUCAAUGAAUGCCAACAAGGAACGCCAUGUGACCCCAACACAGAGUGCAAUAAAUACAUAGGGCACUACACUUGCUUAGAUCCAUGUUCUAACCAUACGGUACUAGAUGAUCCAUGGCGCAGUCUGAAUAAUAAACAUACAGGCUAUUACUAUUAUGACUACUACUGGUCUCAUUGUGAUAAUUAUCUUAGUGGUUGGUAUCGUUUUCAAGGAAAAACUGAUCAGAAGAUUCCUGAAUAUUGUAUAGCAGAACAAAGUUGUGGCACAUCUAGUCCAAUAUGGCUGAAUGGCACUCACCCAACACAAGAGGAAGGAAUAGUAAAUGUCACAACUUGUUCAAGCUGGGGAGAUUGCUGCUACUGGAAUUCUUCUAUUUCAAUUAAAGCCUGUCCAGGAGAUUUUUAUGUGUAUAAACUGACUGGAACCCCAUCAUGCAAUUCAGCCUAUUGUGUUGAGCCAAAUCAGAAAGUCCUAAAUUGUUCGUCUCUAUACUGUUCUCAUGAUGAAGAGUGCAGGAAAGAGAAUGGAGUUUUGGGCUGUUACUGCAAAUAUUCUGACGUUAUAUAUGGUGACAUACAGGAAGAUUACCCUCUUCCUGAGCUCACAUGCAGCACAAGCCUAAUGAAGCUCUCCUAUAGCAAAUGCCUACUGGAGAAGAUGGGAAUGGAUACAUUAACUAUACAUUUAAGAGAUAAUGGCUGCAAGGGUUAUAUCGAAAGGGAAGAUAUACAAAUGGUUAAAAUUGACAUGGUGCCACAAAGAGGGUUCUGUGGAGGUCAAAUUAAGGUUAAUGCAACACAUUUUACAUAUAUAAAUACUGUAUAUGUUUCGCCAAAAUCUGAUGACAUGAUUCAAAGGGGCGAGAUUGCAUUGGAAGUCUUUUGCUCUUAUGAACGAAACAUGCAAGUCAGUCUGUGGACAGCAAUAAAUCCGGUUCUCAGCUCUGUUAAUAUUUCAGUCGGUGGAACUGGAUCAUAUAGAGCAACAAUGUCUCUUUUCCAAAACUGGGAUUAUUCGAUGCCCUAUAUGGGACCAGAAAUAUGGAUAAGUGCAGAAACCUUGUUGUAUGUUGGCGUUAUGGUCGAAGAAACAAAGGAACCCCAGUUUGUCUUACAAAUGAAGGACUGCUACGCAACGCCAACGAGUGACAGUGGGCACCCGGUCAAAUAUUACAUCAUUAAGAACAAUUGCCCUAAUGUUAAUGACCCUACAGUUUUUAUGGAAGAGAAUGGAAUAUCGCUCAGUGGUAAAUUUUCUGUUCAGCUCUUCAAGUUCAUCGGCUACAACACAAUCUUUUUACACUGUCAGAUCCGCUUGUGCGAUAAAUCAACUGAAAUCUGCAUUCCUGUCUGUAGGGUGAAGUCCUCUUCUACAGAUAACAAUAAUGCGACGCAUAGUUUAACACUUGGUCCCAUAUAUAACACAGGGGCAGGGAUGCAACCCGUAAAGCAACCUGCGGCCAAUAAUUCAAACGGAGCUGCAGUCUCAUCAGUGACCUCCUUAACAUUAAUUCUCUAUUUUCUUUUGCUGAUAUUUGUCUGUUGAUUGCUUUCUUUCUUAAAAAUGUUGCAUUUUCUCAUGUGAUAGAGCUUUAAAAACAAUGAAUAUAAUGAAGGAUGUCACUUUUUAAACUAGUUAAGAAUAUGUUGGGUUUGGGGCAAAACAUUCAUAUAAGCAAUUUCAUUUUUUGAAGGUUCUGUAAUGAUACUAAAGAAUUAAAGGUUAUAGUAGAGCAA